AUGAAACUUUCCGCUCUCACUCUUCACUGUGCUAUGCUUUUGAAUGUGGUGGAGAAAUGCAACUUUGAACUUUUUACCUCGCUUUAUGCUUUUCAUGAUUUUCACUCUUUUCAUUCCGCUUUGCUUUUUCAAGCGUAUAAUUUUCGUGAUGUUGACAAGUUGACAACAAAAGCAACAACAAGCGAAACUGAAAAAAGUUUUUUAAUGUUCAACGUUGACAUUAAGCGACAGCAAGAAAAUUGA